CCUCUCUCCCUCUCUCCCUCCCUCCCUACCGUUGCUGCUCCAGGUCCCUCGCCGGUCCCUCUCUCCCAUAUUAGUUUCCAAAAGGCAUCUUUAAUGCUGACAGAGAGCGCACUGUGAGGCAGCAAGAAAGCGUGGCAAGCGGAUCGCUAUCUCUGUGACAGCUUUUCUGCUUGGCAGGCUGCGUGUGAGCUGGGGAGCUGGACUGGACUGUGAUGUUUCGUGGAGGAGGUGGGAGAGGAGGUGGAGGAGCAGGAGGGAGAAGUGAGGGGCAAGCUGGACAUAUGGAGGACGGCACCCAGCAUCUGGGACACUGCAUGGUUGACAUGAAGGAGCUGAGCGCCAACCCUGAAGGGCUGAGUGCUGCCGGUGUUAUUCUAACACCAAAGCUGCCUCAGGUGGAGUUCAGCCUCGCCUGUAAUGAUCUGGUGGCCUCAGGCAGAGACAGGAAGCCCAAUGCUUUGGUCCAGGUGGCUGUCAUAGAUCCCCACAAGCAGCACCUUGUGUCUCACGCCUGCACAGAGAUAGUCGAGGCGAAUAAAGACCCGCUGUUUCUGACGGGGAUGGCCUUCCCCUCAGAGUAUCCUGCUAGCCCCGAGACCCUAGUCAAGCUAACUGUGUACGAUGCAAAGGACAAGCACCAGGAAUCUAGCAGCUUCCUGGGUAGUGCUACAUUUUCAGUAGGGGAUCUGCUGAGAGCUAAAGAUGAACGACUGACCUUGAGUCUCAGGUCAUCUGAUGGUGUGUGUGCUGCUGGAACAGUGGUGGUGAGCCGUCUGAAGAUGGGGGAGAUGGAGGAGGUUGAUGUAGACCACAUCACCACCGACAUACCAUCACAGAAGUGUCCGUUGGUUUGUGAGUCUGCGCACCAUUCCUGCGUGGACAGAGAAAAUAACCCACUGACGGGGCCAGUGUUCAGGAAUCCAGUAUGCAAGGUGUACAGAUUUCAAACAGUGGACAGCAAGUGGAUGCUUGUGCGGGAACAAAUGGAGGAGUGUACUUUGUCGUUUAGCAUCCCCAAACAGCUACUGUCGCUUUACAUUCAGGAGGACAUGAGCAGGGUGCAGGAUCUGAGGGAGCUGGGGGACCUUUCUCCUCACUGGGACAACUUAAGGAAGGAGGUGAUGACACGAUAUGCAGGAAUCAUCAGCUCCUACCAGGAGACUUUGGCUGAACUGGACAAGAUUACCGGUCGUUCGUUCAAGCCCAGCUGCUGCAAAGCCCAGAAGUCUCUGGAGUUUAUUCCAAUAAACCUGCACACCCAGAGGAUGAGGGUGACGUGCCCCAAAAAAACAGAUGCUUUCUACGACAUCGUCACUGUCGGUGCCCCUGCAGCCCACUUUCAGGGCUUCAAGUGUGGUGGUCUGCAGCGACUUCUCAGCAGAUACGAAGCAGAGAAAAAGAGCUUCAGCACUGCCUACCAGUGUAUCUACUACUCCCCAGAGCACACAGCCAAAGCCCACGAGGUCCUCAGCACGAUGAGCCUCCUCCAGCCCCUCAUCACGAGCUUAGCGGACCAGCUCCUCCAGGCUGCCCAUGAGCACUCUUCUCCUGGACUGAGGGAUGCACUCAAGAACCUCUCUGACAAGACAGAACAAUUUGUUCACACACUUAAGGAUGAAUUGGUCAAGAGUGCGCUGCUAGCGCUGCAUGCAGCCCAGCCAGGGUUCGUUUCUAAGAACCAGAAGCAAACCCCAGUGCAGGGGAAACGCCAAGGCCAGGGCGGUGACCAGAAUCAGAGUCCGGUCCAGGGACUCCCAGGCCACAGUCCAGCCACGUCCGUCACCGAGAGCACAGCGGUGUGCAACAAUGUGGAGGGAUCACAAAGCAUGACUGGGGGAGAAGGUGGGCUUCUGCAGCCGAAGCACCAAGACUCCAUACCGCACCAUAAAGAGUAUGACGAGGAGGAGUGGGACAGGGUUUGGGCUAACGUGGCCAAAUGUCUCAACUGUGUAAUCGCCAUGGUGGAUAAACUGCAGGAGGAAGACGGCAGCAAGCAGGAGUCGGUCCCUGAGCAGCAGCUGGCUGACGUCAUCACCUCACACAAUCCAGGUGACUGGAGGGAGCAGUUGUGUCCUCUGGUGACCAGGUUAAAGGAGUGUGUGAUGGAGGUGGCGGAGAAGGCGAAGAGAGCCAUGACCUUUGUGCUCCUGCAGGAGGCAGCCUGCAGCAUUCCACAGGGUUUCCUCCUCCAGCAGAGAAGAGACGUGGUCUUCAGUCAGGCACUGGCCGCCUUAGCCUGUGGUUUCGUCAUGAGGCUUUACGCAGGAAUGCAAGACAAAGGCUUCCUGAGGCAGCUCCACCUAGUUGGCCUGGUGGCCCAGUUUGAGAGCCUGCUCAGCACCUACAGUGAGGAGAUCGGGAUGCUGGAGGACAUGGAAGUUGGAAUCUCAGACCUGCAGAGAGUCGCGUUCAAGAUUACAGAGGCCAAGACGGAUGAACUCGGUGACCUCCAGCCUUUAGUGUGUGGCCGACGAGACCACUUCACUAUAGAAGUGCCAUUACCACAGCUGGUUUUCCAGACCUUGCCAGAGGAGAUCAAGGAGGGCAAGCCUCUACGAGUGUUCCCGGUGCUGUUUAACGUGGGCAUCAAUGAGCAACAAACUAUAGCAGAGAGGUUUGGAGACAUCUCCCUGCAAGAAAGAAUAAACCAGAAGAACUUUGAGACGUUAGAAGCCUAUUACAAAUCGUUAAGUGAAAAGGUGCCACUAGAAUGUCUACCGUGUUUUCAGACACAGACUGACAUAAAGGAAUUACUUGAAACCCUGGGGCAGAAUGUAGUCACGAAGAAGAGAAAGAAUGUGGAGAUACUAUGGAUUGCUGGAACCAUCUGCCGAAGAUUAAAUGGCAUCAGGUUUACCAGCUGUAAAAGUGCCAAAGACCGAACAUCCAUGUCUGUCACAUUAGAGCAGUGUGCCCUCCUGCGUGAUGAACACCAGCUCAGCAAGGACUUCUUCGUUCGUGCUCUGGACUGUAUGCGGAGAGAAGGAUGUCGGAUUGAGAACGUGCAAAAGAACAUUAAAUGCAGGAAAUACGCCUUCAACAUGCUGCAGCUGAUGGCCUUUCCUAAGUUCUACCGGCCGCCGGAGGGGACGUACGGCAAAGUGGACUCUUAAAGAAGCACACCACGUACUGUAGAACAACUGGUGUCAUCCAAGCAUUCAAGAUGAACGCCUAGAAAUAACAGGGAAUAUGUGGAUGUGUUUUUUCCCAUCUGUUAAUCCCUGUUUUUUUGUUUUUUCUCUGGUAUGUGAUGAGGGUACAUAAAUCAGUGUAGAGAAAAGGGAUUCUUUAGAUACCAAGCUGCCAAACAUGUGUUUCCUGUUACAAUAAAUGCACUUUCUCAUUCAUUUUUCAUGGCCCAAGCAGCAAUAAGCAGUCUAACUGUGUGGGAAAAUCAAAGCUGUACAUAAUCUGUGUGUGUGUGUGUGUGUGUGUGUGUGUGUGUGUGUGUGUGUGUGUGUGUGUGUGUGUGUGUGUGUGUGUGUGUGUGUGUUCUUGUACUUGCUACAUGGUGAGUACCAUUUUCUGCAUUUAACUAUCAAAGUGAGGACAUUUUUACAAAGUGAGGACAUUUUGGCCGGUCCUCACUUUGAAACAGCCAUGUUUGAGGGUGAAGACUUGUUUUUAGAGAACAGGUAUGAAUUGAGGUUUGGUUAGGGUUAGGAUUAAGUUUAGGCAAUCAGUUGUGAUGGUUAAGGUUAGGGUAAGGCUCUAGGAAAUGCAUUACGCCUAUGGAUGUCCUCACUAAGAUAGAAGUACAAACAUGUGUGUGUGUGUGUGUGUGUGUGUGUGUGUGUGUGUGUGUGUGUGUGUGUGUGUGUGUGUGUGUGUGUGUGUGUGUGUGUGUGUUCUUGUACUUGCUACAUGGUGAGUACCAUUUUCUGCAUUUAACUAUCAAAGUGAGGACAUUUUUACAAAGUGAGGACAUUUUGGCCGGUCCUCACUUUGAAACAGCCAUGUUUGAGGGUGAAGACUUGUUUUUAGAGAACAGGUAUGAAUUGAGGUUUGGUUAGGGUUAGGAUUAAGUUUAGGCAAUCAGUUGUGAUGGUUAAGGUUAGGGUAAGGCUCUAGGAAAUGCAUUACGCCUAUGGAUGUCCUCACUAAGAUAGAAGUACAAACAUGUGUGUGUGUGUGUGUGUGUGUGUGUGUGUGUGUGUGUGUGUGUGUGUGUGUGUGUGUGUGUGUGUGUAUGAUGCUAUUGAUCCUUUAAGGAACUCAACCAGUUGAACCUGUGUUGGUAUGCAUGAACAUUUCCCAUCAUAGCUUUUACAGUGGUGUGUGUGUGUGCGUGUGUGUGUCAGCCGUCAGGUUUGUUUUUGGUUUUGUGAUGAUGAUGCCCGUGCACAUUUGGCCCGUUUCUGUAACAGCCACAUACCCCAGUGAAUUUCUGUGGUAUAAAUACUGCUCUCACCAUGAACUGGAACAUUUCCACGGGUUGAGAUUUAAGAGAUGAAAUUGCAACAUUCAAAACUAAAAUCAGGACCUUGUAUGCAAGAGACUGAGCACUUCUGAAGCAGCUAUGCUUUAUUUUAUGCUGUCACAUAUCUAGGUCAUUUCCCUGUAUUGUCUUCAGUGACACUCCUCAGGGAGUUGUAAUAUAAAUACUGGUAUACCACAGCAGCAGGGUGUUCUGUUUAGUUUUAUAUCCCAUAAUACAGCUCGGUGAGAGCACAUGCAGCACCGGUGGAGGCUGAACAUUGGACCAUCAUUUCUUAAUGCUAUAAAGCAAAUUCCAUUGUUUAUUUUUGUAUUGUAAAAUGAUUUCGUGCUGUAAUGGUUGAUGUCUUGGAUUUCAUUGCUUGUUUAAAAUGAUACAUUGUGUUACUCAUUUGACAUUUACAAAUGUCUAUUUAAAAUUAAAGUUUGAUGUUGAUAUUGA